AUUUUUCCCCUUUUUUAAUGUAGGCUAUUGCAGGCCGGCGCCGUAAUUUUGGAAUCUGCCCUUGUAUAUGGCGGAUGAAAAAAAAAAAAAACUCCUCACCAGGAACAGUGUCACACAACCUCCCCCCGGGUGCGAGAGCUGCGAGCGGACAGCCCGCACGGUCCCGACUGUCGUCUUUUUCACGACUCGUUACAUUAUUUUGCUCCAGAAAAUGUAACGUAGCGCGCAGAAGUGGCGAGGGGGGGCAAACACAAGACUAGAGGGAAAUUUUUAACAUUUUUGAAUUUCCUCAUAACUAAUUCACAUUUUUUCCCCUCGCCCGGAGGAGGAAGCCGUUGUUGCAGUCACCCCUGGCCGGGGAAAGGAGGCUUUUUCGUCGGGGGUGUUUUUGCAUGAGCAACGCUGCUUUUGCAGUGCAGGGUCUGAGAAGGUGGAGUCAUGAGUGCUCAAGAGUUACCCAAAGUUGGAGAAGGUGGAGUCAUGAGUGCUCAAGAGUCCCCCAAAAUUGGAGAAGGCGGAGUCGUGAGUGCCCAAGAGCCACCCAAUCCCAGCAAUGAGCUGGGGAGCGGUGGGACCAACGGUCCCCCGUCCACUUCUGUUGUGGUCAGCCAAGACGUCAGCUUACCUCCAGUCACAAUCAAAAAGGAACCAGGGAUCACGGAGACGAGCAACGGUACCUUCGGGGACACCAACCCAGCCGAGAUCUGCGUCGUCAUCGGUGGGAACGACGGCAAAGCAAGCGGAGGCGCAUCUCGCAGAGUCCAGGCGGAGGGUAUGUUCGCUCUUGGUACUCCUCCACCAACCAAGAGCACAGACUCAUGCAUAGGUUCCUAUGUAUGUGGAGUUUGUGGGAAGAAGUACAAGUAUUACAACUGCUUUCAGACGCAUGUCAGGGCACACAGAGAAUCUGAGGGCAUGGUUGCAGAGCUACAACCACCUCCCAACAUUAAAUACUUGAUAAUUACUCCAAGAGUCCAAGAAUUCUCCCUUACCAAAGAUUCUACAUUCUACCCAAGACCCACAAGUGGCUUCCGUUACUCCUGUGACAUCUGUGGCAAGAAGUAUAAAUACUACAGCUGCUUCCAGGAACACCGCGACCUGCAUGCAGUGGAUGGUAACGGAGCAAAUUUCAAUCCAUACGAGCAGGUCAUGAUACCCAUCGAUGGCCUUAAAGAAGAGGAGCCGGUUGAAUCUUACCCUAAAAUUGGACCAAAAACGGGCAGCUUUGUUUGUGAGUUCUGUGGGAAGCAGUACAAAUAUUUCAACCCAUACCAGGAGCACGUCGCACUUCACACACCCAUGAGCUCCUUUGAUUUGACGGCGUCUCGGGUGCAGGAGUGUGGGAGCUUGGAUAUGAGUAAAUUUGGCCACAGCCAAACUGAUAAGAUAAAGAGCAGUCAGUUCAGACGGAAACUGGAAAAUGCAUUGCAGUCUAGUCUGGUUGACACAAACAGCUCUCGGAAUUCAAGCGGCACCCCAAGCCCUCUGGUGGCCACUUCCUUCCCUACACCUCAGAAACCCUACACUUGUGGUGCCUGUGGCAUCCAGUUCCAGUUCUACAACAACCUGCUGGAGCACAUGCAGUCCCACGCUGCUGACAACGAGAACCAUACCAAAGGGGACCCUCCAAAAACCUCCUCAGCCUCGGGUCCUCAGGAGCCACUGUGGAGAGUGUCUCCUGCUCAGCCCCCCCAUCCUCCAGUGAAGCUACAGAUACAACCUCAAAGUCUCGUCCAGCGGAACCACAAUGUCAACCAUAAUAAUGGGCUGCCUGAUAAGGAGCGGCUACAGGUUGCUGAACGUCUCUUACGGGUAAUGUGUUCUGAUCUGAACAUGCUCAACGUGCUCAACAGCAAGGACUUCCUCAAGCUGGCACAGACGCUGGUUGACACGGGGGCACGUCACGGUGCCUACUCAACCCGUGACGCCCUCGGCAACAUGAGUGCCUUGGCGCUGCGUCAGCUGCCCCGCAUGUACAACCAGGUCAAGGUCAAGGUGACAUGCGCUCUCGGCUCCAAUGCUUCGCUUGGCAUCGCAGUUACCUGCCACUCCCAGACAACGGGCCCGGACGCUUGCUACGUUCUGACGGCGUACCAAGUGGAGGGUUCAAGACUGAAACGUUACGUACUUGGGGUGCGGGAGGCGGAACUAAGGGAGGGACCGGAGCAGAUUCACCACUGGGUCCAGAAUGUGUUGUCUGAGUUUGUGAUGUCAGACAUUCGCACUGUGUACGUGGCAGAGCCCCGGGUGUCGGCUGCCGGAUUCGGGGCGUCUUCACUCGGUGGCAGGGGCAGGAUAUGCUUGCGCUGCGCAGGAUGUUCGCUCGGGGCAGUGGUCCAGGCAGUCCUGGGGAAACGUAGCCUGCAAGCUCGAGGCCUUCACGACCUGGCCGAACUCCUCGCCACGUGCAAAGACAUCUCCGCCUCCACCACACUGACGCUGAGGGAGGAGCAGUACACCAACACUUGCCUAAGCAUGAAUGAAGAGGGAGCGCAGGGCAGCGCUGCCCAGUGUCCCACCCCUCCCUGUUGGGACCGUACGGCCGAAGCACUCCUGCAGGUCCACGCCCACUUUGAGCACAUCUGUGAGACGUACGGACGCAGUAAGUCCACAGCACCGCUGCUCCAGGGCCUCAACAAGCAUUUGCUCGGCACGCUGACUUGUCUGCUGGCCCCUCUGCGCCUGGCGGCACUUGAACUGAGCAGCCAGAGGAGGCCCACCCUGCAGCAGGUGCUACCCGUAUACUUGCGUCUUGAGAAGUUCUUCACUUCCAAAGCUGGAGAAGCAGGAACUGGCAUGGCCAGCAAACUCUGCCACUACUUCCUAGAAGCACUCAAGGAGAAUUUUAAGGUUGAGCGAGCUCACCAAGUGGCCAUGGUGUUGGACCCUCAGCUCAAGCUGCGUUCAGUUCCUGCUUACCAGCACGAGGACAUAAUCUCCCGAGCGUGCGAACUUGCGGCCGAACCUAGGGACGGCGGCAUGACCGCUGCCGGGGCGUCCUGCGGCGAGGAGCGGGACAAUGAAGGUCCGCCCAUGCCCAAAAUAACCCGGGUCGAGGGAGCCGGAAACAACGGCGGCCUUUCAAGGAUGACGUUGUCCACCAACGACGACAGUCAAAGUCACGUCAGGCAAGAGAUCUUCCAGUACUUGGCGGAGCCUCUUCUCCAAGGCACCACCGAUCUCUUCCAAUACUGGAGCUCAACAAUGGGCGACAGGUUUCCCAGGCUUGCCCGCCUGGCACUGUGGCUCCUGGCCGUGCCGGCGGUAGGCAUUCGCAGCGAAUGCGUCACGGUGUGCGAGCAGAGCCUGGCCAUGAAGAGGAGGCAGCAGGUUACCGCUGAAGAAAUGAACAAACUCAUUUUCCUUCGCUCCAACAUGGGCUAACUGACCAAACCUUCACCUUCCACCACAGGCUUAUUUAUAUAAUAUAGGUUUCGAGCGACUGUAAAACAAAACUUGUGUGGAAAGACUGAGAAUAAUUUUAGAUCGCAAGCACUUGGAACAUUAAGGCUUGUCACAUACUGUAUGACACACUGACCUGGAGGUGUUUAGUGCUUUAGGGAUGAAACAGUAGCUGUGUCAGGUGAGCUUCUUUCUUCUGGCCUGAAGACUCAACUGCUUUAAAGGCUACAUGCUGUUAGACUUACAUGAUGGCAGGUAAGGUCAGUAUGAGUGAGGUCGCUGACACAAAUGCGACACACAAGCGGUUCAGAAAUUUCACUGCCUUUUGCACCUUUUGAGUCUACCAAAUUUGUGGCCAUGCCACAGAGAUUGAAAUUAUUUCAGCAACCUACCCCCUCAAAGCUGCUAAACUCACCUUUGUAGUAAGUUUUACUUUGCUUUACUUUGGUUGGAAUUGCAUGGCAGGUCUAUAUCAGUGGCUAGUUCUAAUUUAACACGUACAGGAUUUUUGAUUUGAAGGUAUCCAGUUGCAUGAUGGGUUUUUUUCUCUUUCUAUUUCCACUUCCAUGACACACCUACAUCGAUAACAAAAAAUCAGAAUUGUACCUGCUGUGUAAAUCCAGUUUCCUGCUGCUACCUGUGCUAGCCGCACUGCCUGGAUUGUAGGCACACGAGACAACUCUGAUCAGACAGUUGGGGUUUUCCAUGAUUAUGUUGUUAACAGUCAUACAGCCAAAUUUGUAUUUAAUAUAUUUAAAUCACUAGGCAGUUUUAGCUUGCUCACUGUAGAGAAAUAUGCCGACCUGCUGUUGAUUUUUUUUUUUUUUUAAAUAUGGUGUUUUUAUUUACAGGCAAAUGACUAAUGUGAAUAGCCACAGGUCUGUUAAUUACAUAAGUCCUAGGAGCUUUUUUUUUUUUUUUUGAUCAAUAUAGGUUAGUCUUCCUUAAGCGGGGCUUGUGUUAAUUUCUUAAGGCAAUAAACAAAAGUGUAUGGUUAUGGACGGGCAAACAACACAAUCCACAAAACAAAAACGCUGCUCCCACCUUCAAUCACUUUCUUGUUUUGUGGAAGUCGAAACAGAAAUGUCCCUCAAAUGAAUAAUUUAGCCUGCCAUCUCCCCUCAUUAAUAAUGUCAAGUACCUUUUUUUUUUUUUUUUUUGGGUGGGGGGCAGGCAAAUACCUCCUUAAAUUGCCUUGGAUGAAUGGGAGCUGCAUUGUCUGGGGCUUCAUAUCACUUCCCUUUUUGCAAAAGAAAAUGCCUUUACAUUGCUAUUUUAUCGCCUUGUCAGCGACAUCCCAUUUAUUUGUAUUUAUUGUUGUAGCUCUGGAAAGCAAGUUUGGCUGACUGUUGAAAACAGUGACCUCUAGUGGUUGAUGCACUAUGGCCAAAUUAACAAGUGCAUUUGCCUCCCCAAUAAUAUGAAAAGUCCAUAAUUGUCUUCAAAUACUAUCCUUAUACUAUAUUCUCCGGUAUUGUAUUCAAACAGUGAAUAAUUCGUAUUUAAGCUUCACAAAAUGCUAUAGAAAUCACAAAUUUUUAAUAUUUAUGAUUUUUAGAAAACAAUUUUAGAAAGAAUUACACUGAUGUUACCAUUCACUUUCUUUUAUUUUCUUCUAAAAUUAUGUCUGUAUUUGCGAGGCACCGAGCACCCUGAUUUAAUACAAUAGUACAUCUUUUAUUAUAUAGCGCGUCCACAUUUGAAGACCUUCCUUGAAAAACAUUUAAUGAGAUAUCAAGUAACAUUGUUAUUUUUAUGGCUAGAAAUGUUCAGUAUCUUUAUACCAUAUGCAUUUCUUUAUUCAAUGAAGAAUUGUUUUCAUAAGUUUUUAGUAUUGGGCAUUAUUCUUAGAAUCCUAAACAGGUUCCAGGCAACUUUUUAACAUCCAGCUAUCAACCUCAGCCUCAGACUGCUCGCUCACUGAAAGAUUUUCAGCAAAAGGCAAAUGAGUUAGGCCCAGCACAAAAGCAAUCGGACUCUUUUUGUGCGGUCCCAUUUAAAAAAGUUAAAUGCCCAACUAUCUUGUCCUUCCGGCUUAGGUGUAUUAAGAGUUGAUUUGUCCCAAUAGUAAGGUCUAAAAGUGGGUGGUGUCGACAAUCUUAAAAACUAAACGUGUUCAAACUUUAAGACCUUGACGUCUGUGGGGAAAGCCGACCGCUCUUGUGCUAUUUGACUCGGAGAACUGUGACGUGAACAAAAUGUAGCCACACAAAGAAGCGCAAGUAAAUUGGGGGGGAAAAAAAGUCCUGUAGAUACUGUUUUAUUCUGGUACUGUAUACCUCAGUUCCCCUGAUGACAAGGUUUUUUUUUUUUGUAUUUUUAUUUUUACCGACAUCACCACCUUACAACGCUCUGAGCUUUGGUUUCUCCAGAAACAUUCGAGUAACAAACACGUAUUUCGAAAGUGUCCGGUCUUUGUAUUAUUUCGUAUAUUAACACUGGCCAAGAGCAUAUUUUUUAAUCAGAGAUGGAUUUGUGUCGCUAAAUUGUGAUGGUAAUUUUAACAAUGCCUUUACGUUUUUCUUCAAGCACAUCACGUUUUCGAGAUAUUUUCCUUGACCUAUAAAAGCUUGCGCAAUACGAGUGUUACCAUACGCUGUAAUUUAUAGGUAUGACGUUGAAAAAAAUUGCCUUUUGCUCAUCCUAACCUUUAAUUUAUACAUAUUACAACAUAUAACAUCUUAUAUGAUUAUUAUUCUGAAAACCUGAUGUGCCAGAGAAAAAUAAUGGGGGCAAUUUUGGAAUCAGCGCAAAAAAAUGGAAACUUUGCAUCGCUGAUUAAAAAAAAUUGUUAAAAAUUGUAAAAAUGUGAUGACCAUUAUCACAGCAAACCAGGUAUAUGAUCAAAACUGCCUGUUACAUCUUUGAAAUUUUGAAAAUGCUUGUGAGUCACGUAUACGUAAAAGCAAUUAAAAAAAAAGGGGUAAAUUUUCACAUGCCACAUUUACGUAAUCGAUUUUUGUAAAAAAAAAAAAAAAAAAUAGCAAAGCUAAUCUUAGUGGUCUUCUGUAGACUUUCACCAGCACCCGUGCUGGUUGUGGUCAAAUCAUGCACUCCAUUUCACUUCAGUCAAUGUCAUACUACAUAUUAACUAUACUAUAGGGUUAUCACUUAAUCCUUUUUUAAAUAUAUUUGAAAUGAGUACAGGAAAAAUGUACUUUAUUCGAAAUACACCAAUUCAAUGGUUUACCUCAAUAUUUAACAGGUAGUGCUGCUGCUCAUUGUAAAAAAAACCACAAAAAAAACAUUAAAAAUGGUUUAAAGUUAGAGCGUUUUCUUUGUGCCGCGAAUAGAUGAAGGGAUUUGUCGUAGCGUUUCUUUUUUUUUUUUUGGUAAACCAUGUACUUUAAAUAGGAUAUGCUCUGGGACAAAAUGCCAUUAAUUGACGUCACAAUGCUCGCGUCAACAUAAUCGAACCCCAGAACUAGCGUGUAUUUUUUCGUGUUUUUGCUGAAAUGAGAAUUCUAUCAUAAAAUAAUUAUGCAUGCUUUUUAAUAAGGUUAUAAGAUAGUACACUUUGAAGCCAGUUUUUCUUUUUUCAUGUCGGACUGUAUUUAGCCUCUUGGGGUGUGGAGGGGAGGCGGCCAAGGUACUGCUGAUCAUGGGGCGGUGCAAAUGCGUGGUCGACAUCAUCCGUUUUCCCAGAACGCAUUAUGUAAAUACGAAAUAACUGCUGUUUUUAUGCCAUGAGGGGGGCACCGUCAAAUCCGAGACACAGUAGGGAGCGCCGAUAACAUUAUACCUCUUUUUUCUACAGUAGCAUUUUAAGGAAAAACAACAAAAAUAAGUCUUUUGAUACGAUCAAAGAACUCAAUUUAGAUACUGUUAGGCCAGCCACUCUAUGUUUGAUUUUAACUUAUUCAGACGUCAGUUGUAAAAAUAUGCUAACACUGAGAUGUGUUGUCCUUUACCUUCUAGUCUGCGAUAUCAGAUCAGGUCAACAAUCGUGUGUUGCUUUUAAUCCUAUUUUACAGCCGUUUUUAUUCAUUUUCUACUGUUAUACAAUACGUUUGAUCCUUUUUUUCUUCCUGUGUAGAUUCCCACCUGAGUUGUCUUAUUAGUAAGCCUAAUUUAUACUUUUGUAGCAACACUAUUUUUAUAUAACGACAAAACAAGGGUUCAAUGUCUUUUGAUUUUAUGUCUUAAUGGCAGCGCUGUUCAAAACUAUUUCUGGACUACAUAACCCACUGUAGUAUGUGAUGUGUGAAUAAAAUCCUAAUCUGUGUCUGAAA